CUACCCUCCCUCACCGCGUCCUCUCACCAUUUCUGUUCUGUUGUUCUUAACUUCUUUAGGAAACAACAACAUGGAUGCCUUCUCUUCUUCCUUCGUCUCUACUAUGGCCACCAAAAUUCAUUCCUUUACCAUUACCACGCCCAAAGCCAUCCGAGCACCACCACUAUUAUCACCUUAUAAUUCUCCAAUCCUCAACGUAUCCUCCGUUGGGAUUGACGAAAAGGCCCAGAUGCCAAGAGCAAAAACAACUACGCCCACCACUACCACCACAACCACAUCAUCGAAAAGAUCUUCUGCUACACCAGCAGCUACGCCACUGGCCGAGAGAUCUCCGUUGGCAGCAGAGGCAAAGAAACGACCACAAGCAGUGUCAGUACCUUCAGUGAUCUUCAACGCAUUGGACGACAUCAUCAACAACUUCAUAGACCCUCCCCUCCGUCCUUCCGUGGACCCAAGAAGCGUGCUCUCCAACAACUUUGCCCCGGUUCUUGAGGAGCUUCCCCCAACAGAGUGCGAGGUGAUACAAGGAUCCCUACCACCGUGCCUUGAUGGUGCUUACAUUCGCAACGGCCCCAACCCACAGUUCCUGCCUCGUGGGCCUUACCACCUCUUCGACGGUGAUGGCAUGCUUCACUCCAUUCGGAUCUCCCAAGGCAAAGCCACCCUCUGCAGCCGCUACGUCAAGACCUAUAAGUACACCAUCGAAAGCGAAGCUGGCUGUUCACUUCUUCCCAAUGUCUUCUCGGGCUUCAAUGGCCUUACUGCAUCGGCAGCGCGGGGUGCUCUCUCCGCUGCCCGAGUCUUCGCUGGUCAAUACAACCCUGCUAAUGGCAUCGGUCUUGCCAACACCAGCUUGGCUUUCUUCGGUAAUCGUCUCUACGCCCUCGGUGAGUCUGACCUUCCUUACUCGGUGCGAUUGACCUCCAACGGAGACAUCGAGACUCUGGGUCGCCAUGAUUUCGAUGGCCAGCUCUUCAUGAGCAUGACUGCACAUCCCAAAGUAGACCCUGAGACGGGCGAGGCGUUUGCCUUUCGAUACGGCCCAAUCCCUCCAUUUCUGACCUACUUCCAGUUCGACGCAAAAGGGACCAAACAGGCAGACGUGCCCAUUUUCUCCAUGGUCCGUCCCUCUUUCCUCCAUGACUUCGCAAUCACAAAGAAGUAUGCCAUAUUUGCGGACAUACAAAUAGGGAUGAACCCCAUGGAAAUGAUAGUGGGGGGAGGGUCUCCGGUGGGUUCGGACCCGUCCAAAGUGCCUAGACUCGGAGUCAUCCCUCGAUACGCUAAGGAUGAGUCGGAGAUGAGAUGGUUCGACGUGCCGGGGUUCAACAUCAUACACGCCAUUAAUGCGUGGGAUGAAGAAGACGGAAACGAAAUAGUGAUGGUGGCACCAAACAUAUUGUCAGUGGAGCACACGUUGGAGAGAAUGGAUCUCAUCCACGCGUUGGUGGAGAAAGUGAGGAUCGACCUUAGGACAGGGAUUGUAACAAGGCAUCCGAUUUCAGCAAGAAAUCUUGACUUUGCGGUGAUAAAUCAGGCAUACGUGGGGAAGAAGAACAAGUUUGUGUACGCGGCAGUGGGUGAUCCAAUGCCCAAGAUAUCGGGGGUGGUAAAGCUGGACGUAUCUAAAGGUGAGCGCGAGGAGUGCACGGUGGCGUGCAGAAUGUACGGGCCACGUUGCUAUGGGGGAGAGCCAUUCUUCGUGGCGAGGGAGCCGGGGAAUCCAGAGGCAGAGGAGGACGAUGGGUACGUCGUGUCGUAUGUCCAUGACGAGAAGGCAGGAGAGUCCAAGUUCUUGGUUAUGGAUGCCAAGUCUCCCAAUCUUGACAUUGUGGCGGCCGUGAAGCUGCCCCGCCGGGUGCCCUACGGCUUUCACGGAAUAUUUGUGAGGGAAAGCGACCUCAAAAACCUCUGAUCCCUACAAUAUUACUUCAUUAGCACAAGCAGCUUUACACGAGUGUGUAUUUCCACCACAGAUGGAUAUGUCGCUUCACAUAACAUAUAUACGAGAAAUUUCUCAAUUA